CUAUGAUUCAGAUUCUAAAACACUUUGGUUGGACUUGGGCAGGUCUGCUCAUCAGUGAUGAUGAUUAUGGAGUCCACGCUGCUCGAUCCUUUCACUCUGAUCUGGGUCCAGCUGGUGGAGGUUGUCUGGCUUACACAGAGAUUUUGCCCUGGAGUGACGACUCUGCUGAAUUAAGGAGAGUAGUGGAUGUGAUGAGGAAAUCUACAGCUCGAGUGGUGAUUGUGUUUGGACAUAAGACUCAGAUGAUUAACCUCAUGAAAGAGGUGGUGAGGCAGAAUGUGACAGGCCUGCAGUGGAUGGCCAGUGAAGGCUGGGCAUCAGUUGAUGUGCUCCAGACACCUCACCUCAUGCCGUACCUGGGUGGAACACUGGGCAUUGCCAUCCGUCGAGGAGAAAUACCAGGACUCAGGGACUUCCUGUUACAAAUCCGUCCUGACCUACAUCACGGCAAGGCUGAUGGAAAAAGCGUGGUGAAUCAGUUUUGGGAACACACAUUUCAGUGUAGAUUUGCACCACCUCCAGCAGGUUGGGUGGAAGCUGGAGGAGAAUUGUGCACUGGACAGGAAGUUAUAGAGAAUGUUGAGUCUCAGUUAUUUGAUGUUUCAUACCUAAGGCCAGAGUAUAAUGUGUAUAAGGCUGUGUACGCUCUGGCAUAUGCUCUUGAUGACAUGCUGCAGUGUGAGCCAGGGAGAGGACCUUUCAGCAACAACACCUGUGCUCAUUUACAAAGAAUGGAGCCAUGGCAGGUGAGAUAUCAGUUUACACUCAACUCUUAAUUACACUUAAUCCUUUAUAUUUCUUUAAGAUUUGAAGGAAGUGUAACAACUUAAUACAUUAACAAAUUACAGCAUCUCACUUUCCCUAUACAACAAGCAGACAGUGUAUUGUAGUAUCAGGUCAAAGUGUAAGUAUAUAUAGUACCGUAAAUUUCAGCCUAUUGAGCGCACCUGACUAUAAGCCGCACCAGCUAAAUUUUAAAAGAAAAUAAAUUUUGUACAUAUAUAGGCCGCACUUUAAUAUAAGCCGCAGGUUUUCUUGUUGUAACCAGUAGCAAUGCCAGGAUUCAAUCUCUUAUCAAAGGACUUUGUUAAUGAAUGCAUUAAGUUUAUGAAUGACGAGUGAGUGCGCGUGACUAGCACUGAAUGAUGCGUCCGUGAUCGCGAGUGGGCCCACCUGUAACGCCGCAUAUGGUUGUAACAUGAGAUAUUUACACAGAAAGACGUUACACAGAAGUUUUUUGUCGUUUAAAUCAAAACAACGUAAUUUAAACACGGGGUGAACAUGCCUGCAUGUUUAGAAAAUAAAACACUGCACCAACACGACAGUAACACGCCUGGUUAGAAAAGAAAACACUUUAGUCUACCAGAAAAGUCAUUGGCUGCUAUCUUCAUCUUCUUGUGCACUAAAGCCACUGAAGUAUUCUUCAGCAUAAUCUUUCCCCACGUCUGUCUCACUUUUGCGUUUACUGCUAGAGAUUGCCCCCCGGUGGCCGUUAACCAGUAAAAAUCUAUAAAUUAGCUGCACCGUUGUAUAGGCCGCAGGGUUCAAAGCGUGGGAAAAAAGUAGUGGCUUAUAGGCCGAAAUUUACGGUAGUCAUGUGAUGUGAUUUAAAAGAUUAUUUGAUGGAAAUUAUAAAAAAAGAUGUUUAUCACUCACUUUCUUGUUCAUGCUUUACCUUUGUGUCUGAUUCUAUUAUCCAAAGCUUGUGUAUUACUUGGAAAAAGUCAACUUCACCACAGCAUUUGGUGAUCAAGUGUCAUUUGAUGAGAAUGGUGAUGCCUUGCCUGUAUAUGACAUCAUAAACUGGGUGUGG